AUGAGGUGUGAAGCGAGCAGCUGCGCUGCGGAUAAACUCUUCCCCGCCGUCAGAUUUAAAGCUCUCGACUACGUGUUUGAGAGCAGCACCAGCCUGAGGGUGAGCAUGAAUCUGCUGGCGCUGCCAACUCCGUAUCUGGCUGAGAGCAGCGCGCUGAGCAGCAGCUGGGCGGAGAGGAGCUACCGCUGCCCCUGGACCAGAGGAAAGCUCAUUCCUUCAUGCAAACUCUUUGCUGGUGGUUCAGUGCUCGAUGACCUGGGAGGAAAGAAGCAGCAGCUUAAUCCACUUGAAAGGUUUGAUGUUAAAGAUGAUGUGGAGGUGAUACCCAGCUCUAAUCCAGACUCAUUGGAGGAUUUUGACCGGGAUCAGAAUGAGCUACAGAUCAAUAAUCCAUGUCAGGAAUCAUUUUUCAAGUUGACAGUUGAGCAGAUAAAGCCAGGAAACAAGAGCAAAGACCUUUUGCUGCCAGCGGAGCCGAUACCCGCUGAUCACCUGUCACGGAUGAGACCUUUCCCCUCACUGAAAACCAAACUUUCCCGACUUGGGACAAUUCCUGUGGCCGACCCUCUGCUUAACUCAACAGGACUCGUCAUCUCUGCGGACGCCAUGUUCAGGUAUGUGGACACCACUGACAUUCACAUGUCUGCAUUUGUUCCCGAGGAGUUUGUUCAAGAGUCACUGAUGGAGCCAGAGUUGCUGCAGUUGCCUGCGGUGUUGGAGCCUCCUCAGUCUACGCUGCAAAACUUCACUGCCUUUUCAAGCCUGUGCAGUCGUAUGGAUGUUUGUCCUGAACCACUGGAUGAGGAGUGUUCAGUCCUGGAUUUGCUUCAUAAAAAUUCCCUUUCAAAUACAUCAGUGGAUAUUUUCCAGUAUGAUCUGCCGCAGGAUUACAGCAAAGACCUUGGGACGAGUGGAGACCUGAUAGAACUUGGAGGACUCCUGGUUCCUUCAACGGACAGAGAGCUGGACUUGAUACUCAGCCCAACUACCAAGAAGAGUCCAACCCACAUUACGUUGUCCACCUCUCACCUCCAGAGGGAAGAGUUGUCUCCCUUCUGCAGACCAUCUUUGAUGUCAGCAAAGACUCAGGAGGAUCUGGAGGGGCUAGUUUGGAAAGCAGAGAAGUGUCCAACAUCUGUGGUGCGCUUACUGUUGUCAGAGCCUCAGAGAAAUGAAUCCCAUGUCGACUUCCAGCCCCUCCGCGAAGCCUUGAGGGUUAUCACAUUAGAGACGGAAGGUUUCAGCCGUGCUGUCGACAAACUGAAGCUCCAGGUGGAGACGGGGACCCCACCGGUGUUUUUGGGCAGCAGCCUUGAACUCACAGAGAGAUUCACGUCUGAAUUUGCCGCCACCCGGGUGGAAGAGAUGGAAGUCUUCAGGAAACUGCUGCCUGAACACGGAGACGACCAAGCCAUCCUGCUGGAUCCUUCAUACAAAGAUCCUCGCUAUGAAAAACCCACUCCGAGCACCUUGACGAGACCUGCCGUUGGCCCUGAAAAUAGGAAAGAAAGUCCUGCCGGCAAACAGGGCGUUUCAGGGAACAGGUCUUCUGCUCAGACAAACGACGUCAGAGCGGGAAGCAGGGACGGCCAGGCAGAGCGGAGCGGCCACGGGUUCCAGCCGCUUCUGUCCUCCAGACAGAACGUUAGAGACAAUGACAAAAGUCAGGUGUUCAAGAGACGUCAACCAGAGAAGGAUGUCGACCCUCUGUCCAGUUUCAUGAUGCUCAGGUCCCAGCAUGCACUUCAGGUUGCUGUAACGCCGCACAGCCCAGACACCACGGCAGCAGAGGAGAAGCAACUAGCACCAGAGCCUGAGCUGCAGACUCCUCCCGAGCAGAAAGCAACACCAGACGUUAGUGUGGCGUCGGUGAGCGUGGCUGGAGACUCUGCCAGAGAGCAGAGACGCGCUGCUCAGUGGUCCAGUCAGCUCAUCCACCGACCCGACAGCCAGUCCAGCUCUCAGGAGAGACCCGGCAGCAGAGUCCUACAGGUCCAGGCUACAGACAGCCAGCAGCGUGCGUACCGGGAGCUGCUGGCUUUUGCUCAGCCUUGUUUGAGCUCAGCCAGAAAUCUGGGGCUCAGCUUCCCGUCGUGGGGAGACUUCAGCUGCUUGGCCCCGGACCAAACGCACUUCCUCCUCAAACAGCAGGAGAGGGCGCUCUGCAGGACUGCUGCACACGAUGUAGAAGCGCUCAGGGAUCAGGAGCAGCUUCUCGGCCAGGCAGCGCUGAUCCAUGUGCUGGUGACAUUCAGAGAGCUGUUGCUGAAGUGUGAUCUGAGCACUGCAGUGGUGUACCUGACCAAGGCAUGGGAGACAUCUGCAGAGCAGAGUCUGCAAAAGCUACUGAAGAAGCUGAAGAUCAUCCUCUACCUCAGUAAGAAGAACCUGGAGUCCAACUUCAAGCUGCUGGAGCUGCAGCGGUCCCUGUCCGAACGGCUGCACGGCAGCAAGAGACAAACUGCAGAGAAAAUUCUUGUCAUACUAUCAGUUGACUGUGAUGAGAGCAGAUCAGUCGUCAUCAGCAGCUUGAGCCGAGUGGUCGAUGCUGCUACUUCUGUUUGUCCUGAGGACGACAGGAAAAAGCUCAACGGUGCAAGUGUGGUCAGCAGCGUGAGCGAGGCCGACUGCGUGGUGGUGUAUGAGCAGCAUAUCGGCCCCGACUUCCCAUGGAGCUGCUUCUCUGUGGUGGUGGAGUUUGACCACCCGGGACAAUCUCCGUGGUCCACAGUCUGCAGUGAGAGGAGCAUCAGCCACCUCACCUUCAACACCACCGUGACUCCUGACACUGAUCAAACCCUGUGGUGCCUGGAGGACAACGUGCCAUUCAUUUUGUUUGUGACAGACGGGCUUCUUAACCGUCCACUGCUGCUACAGACACUUGAGUCAAGCUUCAGUGUAACGGUGCUGGAGAGGAAGCACAGUCCAACCCUGCAGAUGCUCGGCGGGAUCCAAAACUACGAUGUGAUUACGGUGGAUGAAAGCACCGCUAUUAUCUUUCAGGAGGAGGAUGAACUGGGUCAGGAGCGAGCCAGCGAGGGGCUGGUGAUGAGGCUGACCGCUCUCUCUCUGCAGUACAGCUGCUGCUGGCUCAUCCUGCACUGCCCCGACAGCCCGGGAGGAGGAUUUUGCAGUGAAGCUUUCAGCAACUUGGUGUUAAUUUAUUCGUCUCUGGUGCUGUUCAGCAUGAAAUCUGAGGACCUGGAUGUGAAGGUGCUGAUCGUGUCAGAAGUCGUACAAACAGCCAAACUGAUCAAACAGAUCUGCUUCACAACGAUGAUGUCCAGUGACGGGGACACCCUGAACUACCUGGACAGAGACUGGCUGCUCGUGAUCCCUUCACAGGAGGAGGAGUGUCUGUCUCAGUUCCCGUGCAUCAACCCGUUAGUGGGUCAGCUGAUGCUGAGCAGAGCUCCGUCCCUGCAGUGGCUGCUGACGGCCGCUCUCCCCGAGCUGGUGCAGAUGUUUCCUGAUGUGCCCCACAAAGUCCUCAAGCUUUUAAGUGACACCACCUCCCUAUAUUCAACGACGGGUGCAGAUCCCGAAAAUGCCCAGACAACUGUCAAUGACACGGAGCGGCAGAACACCCCGUCAAAAAGCCCUGUGAGCCACGCAGUUGAGAGUCACACUCCGGAUCUGGAUCCAGAUGUGUUCUCCAGCAAACACAAUACCAGUUUCCUGUUUGGAGGCACACAUGCAGAGGACUCCAUCUUUGAACGAGACUCAGAACCUGCUGGUUUCAAACUUGACCUGAGUUGCACCUUUGACAGUUCAGAGGUUCACCUGCAGAGGAGCUGGAUGAGCAGCGGCCUCUGGAGGGAGGAACAUACGUCUACUUUCUGGAGCAGCAGGGCCGGAGCAGCGGGGAGGGUCGUUGGAAGGGAGGACGAUGCGUGGCCUCCGAGGGUCCCGCCCGACGACUACGGCUCGCAGCGACACCCAGCCGACCUCCCGCUGAACCUGGACUCCACGUUCAGUUACAGCCAGUUCCCCCGCAGCGACAGCCAGCCUCCCCGUCCUACCUGGAGCUUGAGUCCGCACACAGAUCCAUCGUCCGGUAGAGGUCAGGUUUGUGAAGAUUUCCUCCCCGGGGACGCAGGGGCGACGGCAGCGCCGGCCAACUACGGCUCCAGGUGCUGGAAAGGUCAGGAGAGGAAAAGGGGCCAUGAAGCAUCAGGCCUGGUGUCCUCAGUGUUGGCACCGACCAAGAGAGCUCGGCUGAGCUACGAGAGAGUUCCUGGGAGAAUGGACGGACAGACGAGGCUCCGGUUGUUCUAGACCCGAGGAGAUAACGGUGUUUUAAAAUGCAUGAAAUGGCCUUUUCUGAUUCAGUUGCAACUAGUUUCGUUGCAAAAAUUUUGACGUUGAGACAUAUAUUUUCAUCAGUUCCUGCUUUAUGCAUUUUGACAGA